AUGCAGUACCUGUCCAAGGCAUAUCAGUACUACUCGGGAAUCAAUCCCGCUACCUUGUCCGGUGCCAUCGAUGUCAUUGUGGUGCGGCGGAGAGGAGAGGCAAAUGUAUACAGCUGUUCGCCCUUCCAUGUCCGAUUCGGCAAGCUGCAGGUGCUCCGAGCCGGAGAGAAGCGGGUCACACUCACGCUUCCCGACAACUUGCCGAGCGAAAACGGACAUCGGGCUCCUGUCUGGAUGAAGGUGGGAGAGGCUGGAGAAGCCUUCUUUGUGGUAGAGACCGAUGCCGAGGUGCCGGAAGAAUUGCAGACUAGUCCGGUCAUGUCGGCCACCCAAGAAUCGCCGCCUACAUCACCAAUCACUGAAACAGACGAUUCAAAGGUAGACCCUGGGGACAAUGUUACGCAACAGCCUUUCGGACAGGACGGACGGGCCAACAUGCAUGGGGAACCUGAGCCUUUCGAGCUCGAUGCAAAACAGCAUACAGCACCAACGGAGCAGCCCGAGUCGGCUUCAUCGAAACAGGGAGCACAAUCGUCCGUCUCGCCAUCAUCGAUAUUGAAUACGGCAUCGUCUUUCCUGCCAUCUUUCCUGUCGGGAAGUGGCGAUGCCUCAAGUCCUGGUGAGGGAGACACUAGCAAGAGAGACAUCAAAAUCAAGCAGGAAGAGCCGGGUCCCCUUCCCCCGAAUCCGCUCCGGAACCGUCCAGAAGCACGAUCCGAGAGCUACUACCAUCGCGCCGAGACGUUGAAGGAUUACGUCCGGGAUCAUAAAGCACACGUGCCUAGCGAUAAAGCGGACGCGCGAUUACCCGCGCUCAAGGAUGGAGAAGGGGAAGCUCCCGAGGUUCUGUACAACGAAGAUGUGGUGCUGGACAUGGCUGGAUAUCAUCGCCAACUCGACAAACGGUUACGGGAUAAUAUGGGUUUGGGUGAAGUGCUCGAUGUCGAACGUAGUGACGGAUUAGUCAAAUUCGCGCAAGAUCUGCUCCUAAGCGCGGGCGCGAUCACGGCAGAAGACAGUUUAGGACAUGGCGCACCUGAACGACCGGAAUCUGAUGUGGUUUGGGAGAUCAAGCGUCGGCUUAGCUUUGGCGAUGCGCCUGAGCAAGAUGAGGAAGCGGACGAUGUGAAGGAACUGGCCGGUAAUUCCACUCGACCGGGACAGAGAGCUGGGUUCAGUCGAGGUGCUUCCGAACCUCCAGAGGUAGGAUCCGGGAUUACCACUCAGUCGGAUUACACUUGGGAAUGGGGUGGGUUCCCGACAAAGACCCCGGCAGAAGAGGUUUCGGAUCCGCUUCGACAUGCCCGGAUCAAUUCUCUGACACCCGGUGGGGUACUCAAGAACGAUGAGGCAGAUCCUUACAAGUUCAUACUGGACAUGGCGGGUGAAAGCCAUAUAUUCGAGCUUGGUCUAGGCGGAGACCGAUUUGCUGAUCUCGCGGCUGUCCAGAUCCUUGCCGAUGUAUUUGAGGUCAACCGGAUCACGUUUAAGCGUUUCGUGGAGGACCCCAAGAUCGUUGACCAACCCGACUUAGUGAUCCGUUAUGACUCGAAGUUCUUGACCUGGCAGAAUGCUUCACCAAUACUAGCCGCACUUGCGGUCUACCGGCGGUCUCUGGUACCCCCUGGGUCGUCCGGUUUAGCUGCGUCUGAAACCUUGCCUUCAUUGUCUUCGAUCGGCGUCGACGCCACGUCCGUCGAUGUCAAGGGUUCGAAAGGAUAUGGAUGGUCGAGAUGGUGGAGACGAGGUCAAAGUGCCGGUAUACCUCUCGAGCCUGCUACAACGCCUGUCACUCCGCUCGUCAGGUCGGCGACACCUGAGGUUGUGAAAGACCGAAAGGCUGAAGCUAGUCCCGCCUUGAAGCCAGAUGUCAGUGACCGAUCGGCUGAUCCUUCAGAGAACAAGCUAUACUACGCAAAGACUUUACGGUUGACGUCGAGCCAGCUCAGCGAGCUGAAACUGAAACCUGGUGCCAAUCGAGUCAUAUUCUCGGUAACAUCAUCGUACUCGGGCGUCGCUCAGUGCUCCGCCAGGAUCUUUCUGUGGGAGGAGCGUGAUCACGUGGUGAUCUCGGACAUUGACGGGACUAUCACCAAAUCGGACGCCUUGGGCCAUGUAUUCGCCGCAAUUGGACGAGAUUGGACACACCUGGGUGUUGCCAAGCUAUACACCGACGUCUGCAACAAUGGAUACAAGAUCAUGUAUCUCACUUCGAGAGCGAUCGGUCAGGCAGACUCGACUAGGGACUACCUUAAGAGCAUUAGUCAAGGGAAAUAUCAACUUCCGGAAGGUCCAGUUAUAAUGAGCCCUGAUCGUCUCUUUACCUCUUUGCACCGGGAGGUCAUCAUGCGCAAACCCGAGUUGUUCAAGAUGGCAUGUCUCCGUGAUAUCCAGAGGUUAUUUGGCGGGUCUCGAAGCGCAUUUUAUGCUGGAUUCGGCAAUCGUAUCACCGAUGCCAUGUCCUACCGGAGUGUAAACGUGCCGAGCUCCCGUAUAUUUACUAUCGACUCUUAUGGAGAGGUCAAGAUGGAGCUGCUGGAACUUGCGGGAUACAAGUCGUCCUAUAUCCAUAUGACCGAUCUCGUCGAUCAGAUGUUCCCGCCUGUGCAUCGCGAGGUCAUCCCAGAAUAUACCGAUUUCAAUUAUUGGCGACCAGCCAUCCCAGAUAUCGCUAUUCCAGACUUGACACCACCUCAGCCUGUAUCGCCGGCUUUGAGCGCCACCUCCGACACAUCGGGCAGACUGAGCAUGCUCGGAAGACUCACCGGUAUUGCCAGACGCGCUUCACGCCAGACGAUAGCAGGAAGCACAGACGACGGUCGCAAGGCUACUUCGGCCAGCUCGCGCCCAAGCUCCCCCUUGUCUCACCCGGCGGAUGAUGGAAGCGAUUAUGGCUAUGACGAAGACGCAAUCUCAGAUAGAGGCGAGUUUCUACAUGAUUCUCGGCCCAGUAGCAUGCCAGGUUCCUUCGAGGACAAGGGUGAAUAUCUAGGAGACGAAUUCUUUGACCAACGGGGUUUCCAGAAAUACAAGGAAGCGCAACACGAUCAACGGGCUCGAUCGCCCGAUGUGGAUCUCGGCUCAAAUCACGAUCAUGACGACCGGUACCAGCACGAAAGCGAGGAUGACGAUGUCUAUCCCGAGAUGUUUGACGAUGACUUGUUAGCGACGGGUGAGAUGUCCAAGGUUCCAUAUUGA